AUGUCCAAGUACAAAGAACUUACCAAACUUACGACGACGUACGCGCGCCGGAUGAAUUACCUUUCGAACCGGAUCUUUGGUGAAGUGGCCCGUCCGACGAAUUCCCAAUCCAUGAAGGUGGUCAAGAUGUUCAGCGACGAACCAAUCCAUCAGCGAGACUACGUCGUGAACUGGUAUCCACGGCACGUUGAAACACACCUUCUAGCAAUGAAACUUCGCGAGUAUGGCCUGUUCCGGGACGAACAUCAGGAUUUCAAGGAGGAAAUGAAACGAUUACGUGCGCUUCGUGGAAAAGCGCCACCGAAGAAGGGCGAAGGAAAACGUGCGAAAAAAUAA